UUUUAUCAUCAUCUAUUUAAAGUUUCUUCUUUUUUUUUUUCCUUUUUUUCUCGGCAAGGGUAUAUGUUUGAAGUUUGUUGUGUUCGGAAAUUUGCGCUUAGAAUCUAAAAUUAUCUAAUUCUAAUUAUUUCAUAUUAUUUUUUUGAAAUCAAUUUGUCGUCUUUGUAGUUUUAGCAUAUAUGCAUGGCUUGCAAUAUAAUUCUUUUGGAUAUACAACAACAUCAUGCAUUCAAAAAUCUUCAACGUGAAUUUUGUUUUGACCCCAUUUUUGGAAUCUACGAAUUCAAUGCAGCUACGUCUUACGAAAUACUUUUUAUAUUUGAUUUUAGGAAUCUACGAAUUUUGCCCAAAAAUAUUUGGUCAUGUCCAAUUUUUCGAUUACUUUGCUUACAUUCUUUCACCGCUCACACAUUUGUUUUCGCAAAUUUUCCUUCUCCCAAGUUAGUCGGUACUGAUGAGGCAACAACUUGUGUCGGUAUUUCGAUAAGAAACUGCAGAACCGGAAUGAUAUCUCUUGCCCAUAUGGAUUUUCCAAACGUUGUUGAAAACGGUCUGAGUCAGAUGUUAUCUUUAAUCACUGAUCGGGAUUCCGAUACUCUCUUGGAUGUGCAUCUGGUUGGUGGGUUCGACGAUAUCUCGUCUCAACAUCCAAAUCUUGCUCCGAAAAAUAGAAAAAAAUUGGAGGGAUAUUCUUAUCCUUUGUGUGCAAAGAUUAUCGAGACGCUGAGAAUUAGGAGCGAAAAUUUUCAGAUUCGAACUCUGCAUGUUCUUGGGCAAAACACGAAAUUGAACACCGAAGGGUUUGCAUGCCCGAUUUUCCAUGGAUUUGUGGUGGAUACAUCCAACGGAUCAAUAACCCCUGCGAGUUUCGAUAGAAAAUCGAGAUGCCCCGAUGAAAUUGUACGAAGAAUUAGAGUGACUGCAUCUUUCGAGGACCCUAAUUUGUCCCACAAGUUGCUCGAUACAUACGAGACUAACUCCGACAAUUUUGUCAUCGCUCCAUGUGUUUGGACCAUACGGCAAAAGCGCAUUGCAACAACACUGCAACGUCUUUCCGAUAUAGAAAUACUGCUUACGUGUUCGUCUUCGCCUUCUGCCGAAGCUCCUGAUUUUGUAGAUAAUGAAAGAAGGAAGUGGGAUUACUUGAUCAGAAAUCCAAAUUGGAGAGAGACUUUUCCUUCAGAACAGCCUAGAAGGUUCCAGAGGACUCCAGAUGGAAACUGGGUAUCAUCAUUGUAAUGAAUAAUACCAGAAUUUUUUUUUAAAUAAUAAUAAAUUAACAAUUUGGAAUUACGGUAUUUCGGUUGCUAAUUUUUAGCCAAUUAAUUAAUAAUUAAUUGCCUCUUGUAGAAAAGAGGAUAACUGCUGUUGUGUGAAUAUGAGGCAAUUUACUUGUGUUGGUACCUUAUUUCCAUAACAAAUUGCAAGAUUGGAAUGUAAGUCCUAUAACAUACAAUUUUUUAUUUCUGAAUCAUAUAUUAAUGCAAGUUGUUUUGUGGCUAUUA